UGUUGGGAGGGGAUCUCUAAAAACACUUCUUAGAAUGUAAGACUUUUACGUAGGAUUACAAACAUUAUUGCUUGCGGCUGCGUCUUCAGAUCUUCAUCUACAUAUGAAAUGAUCCUACUCUUAAUUUCUAGGGUUUCACAUACUGCAUCAUGUCAUGUAGAUGUGUGUUUAUGUAUUUACUCUAUCACAGGUUUACUGACUCUAAAGAUCAGGGUUCUCCAAUCUCCCCAGGCUAGUUUUUACUGAAUGUACUGUCAUGUGAAAAUGGUGCUCCAGUUUGGAUUUCUCUGUGCACUACUGAGCUUUACGCAACUAUGUAUAGCCAAAUUGCAAGGUUUGUCAUUCAUAAUUUAUUUAUUUUCUCCCCAUAAUCUGUUGAUGAGUGUUAAGGAAGUGGUUGUGGGUUUUCUCAACUAGCUGUAUUUGGAAACUAUACAUGAAAAGACAUGAAUAAGUUGGCUAAAAGUAAAAACAACCAUUACAAAUUAUUUAUUUAUACGUUAUAAUGUGGAAAGCACUGAACUGUGCAGCUCUGCUUUGGGCUCAUCAGGACUGAAGUGUAAUAAACUCUGUUAUAUCAUAUUGAGUGUCAUUCCCCAUAUCAACUAUGAUUCUUACCUUAACUUACAACUAACAAACCCUUCUGUUUUCAUUUUUCAGCUCCGAUCAGCUCAGAUUUGCACGUCUGUGAGACAGAUUACUGGUUGAACAUCAGCUGCUUUUUAGAUUCCAGAGCCAUUGCCAACAACACAGAAAAUAUUACAUACCAUCUGGAUUUUUACAUGAAUAAUGAAAAGAAAGUAUUUAUUUACAAAUAUUCUGCACCAUUUCCAUAAACUGUGUAAUGAUCAGUUUCUACACAAAGGUUAGCAGCGUUCAAAGAUGUAACUUACAAUCGUUCCUUUCUUUCCCAAACAGAAACGGUUUCUGUUCACUUUCAGUGGAUAAGGAUGGCUACAGCUGCACAUUUACAGCAAAAGUGCAUGUUUUUCACUCCACAUUUACGGAUUACAAUGAAAUAGAUAUAAAGCUGUGUGAACAUAACCACUGUGUGCUUUUGAACUCCAAUUACAAGCCAGCACACCACAUCAAACCAAUCACUCCGUAUAAUGUGACAGUGCAGUAUGAAAACGGGAACUAUACCUUUGCAUGGAGUAGUGGAUAUGAGAAACACAGCUAUGGUUCAAUCUUGCCUUUUCAGUACAUUUUGAGAUACCACCAAGUGGGACAAUCUACAGAGAAGGACCUGCAUAUGACAGAAACCGUGUACAGGAUCUCAGAGACUCUUUUUGAUCCAGGGACUGAAUACAUCGCUAGGGUUUAUAAUAAAAUUAUUCCAAAUGAUAAAUAUCAUGGGACAAUGAGUCACGGGAGCGCUGAGAUCAGAUGGAACACCCCACAAGCAGCAACAACUAUGCAGGGAAUCGUCGUUCUGAUUUGUUCGGCAGUAGGACUAGUGUCUCUCUUGUUAUUCCCUGUUGCAAGAAUGAAGAUUAAAAAGAUUGCGUGGGUAAAAACUCCAGCUCCAUCCAUCUCGCCACUGAACCAAACAGCUCUGGGCAGUUUACAGUUUUCGCUGUCCAAAUCUCAUGUGCAACAGAUUUACAGUGAGGAAAUUUCAACAAUCGACAUGAUAAUAGAGAUCACAGCCAGACAGCAGCUUCAAGAACAUUCCUCAGUCAUUUAUUCCCAAUGUCACACGCCUUACGUGGGUCCUUUAAUGGAAGUCUGGGCGCCCUGUCUGACGCCCGACUCGCGCAACACUGCUAACAAUCCUUGUAACGAUCCCGAUUUCCUGCCUGACGACGGUGAUGUUGAAGAAACCCUUCUUCGCUUGAGCAUGCCCACAGGUAUUGAAGGUGGUUUUGUGUCUUUGGAUGACCUGGAGCCCAGCCUUGAGAUCCGCAAGGACUCGGAAACGUUCGCUAAUACACCAAACCCUGCGUGUUUCUCUCAGAAUUAUUGCACUUUAACCAACACAGCCAUUGGACUUAUUCCUACAUUUUGCACAGUGCCGUGUGUUCCUAAUCUCGGUUUAGAGCUAAAGGGUCAUACUUCACCUGAUCUGUUCAAUAUGCAGAUAGAGGAGAGUACACCAGAAUUGGACACAGUGACUCUUGACAAUUUGCAGCUGUCUGUGGAUGAGUGACCAUAUACUGUGCAUGCAAUAUGACCUGAAUGAAAUGCAACUUUUUGUAAAUACUGCAUUCUCUUAUCCUUCUUCAGUUUACGGCAUAUUCUUAAGAGUUUCAGCCGAUCACAGCCUUGUGCCAUCUGUUGUGCCAUGGUUCUGUGUUUGUCUUUCAGUACGUUCGACUUUAUACAAGGGAAUGUGCUGCCCUCUGCUGCCUGACAUCAUAUUUUUGCUUCCAGAUCCCUCUGUUUUCAGCACAGAUUUAAUUCAUGGAUGCCAUCCGACUAAGGUAUUAGGCAAACGUGUACAUAUCUAGAACCCUUAGGACUUCUAUGGUUCAUACAGUUGUGCCCAAAAGUUUGCGUACCCCUUGCAGAAUCUGCUCAAUCGUAACACUGCUAACAAAAUAAGAGGGAUCAUAUCAUAUUAAGAGCCAGGGGGGUGUAAACUUUUGAACAGGA